GUAAGCUGGAAGCAUGAGCUGCCGGGAGACCCUUGCGUCCGAGUUUCAGUGGAAGAACUUUGGUUUCAAUGGAGUUUCGCGGGAAAAGUUCUACCUGUGGCAGUGGCGUGUACCUCCAAUAGUUAUAGUCAUCUACAAGAUUCUGUUGUCUGCCUAUCUGAUAUCUACGUUACUGUACAACUUUCGGACAUUCGAAUCGGACAUCCCAUGGCCAGCCUUCUUAACAAGCUGGACCUACACACUUCUAACGACGUACCAUGUCGUCCACACCGUCGUCGUGCUGCACCACACCAUGUCCAGCACGUGCCACACGUGCCUCAGUCAACCGACUCGUGAAGAACACCAACGGGAACUGACGGAGAACUUCAACCCGGCAGAGGGGACUCAGACAAUUCUUCCAAGCCAAGAACAGAACAACGAUCUACCGCGGCAUCUGAUUAUACUGUGGAUUCUGUAUGGCGUCAUUAACGCAGUGUGCCCGGGAGUUACAAUCAUGUGGUAUGCCACCGUUGCCACUACAGAGGAUUCGUUUCUUCCCCAAGAGUUGUUCGUGCAUGCUUUGAAUACAGUCGUCGUCCUUGUUGAUCAAAUGAUAUGUGCAAUUCCAGUGCGUCUAUUGCAUUUUACCUUUCCUAUAGCUUACGGGCUUGUGUACAGCCUCUUUAGUGGUCUAUAUUGGAUGGCGGAGCACAAGCAUGUGUUGUAUGGGAAGGUUUUGGACUGGAACCACCCUGCAAUACCGUUUGGAAUGGUUUUUGCCACAAGUUGCCUGGCUGCUGCCUAUCACGGCGUUUCUUAUGGUAUUUAUAGGGCCAGAUUGUCGCUUUACCACACACUGGAGAGAAGCAACUGAUAUUCUUUGUUAUCCGGUGCAACUAUGUCUUAAACCAAACAACACCUUAAAUGUUUUUGGAUCAAGGCGUAUGUGUUAAAUGUUAUCGAUGUUUGCUUAACCACGAACAUGUAUGUUGCAUGUCUAUGUACAAUGUUUAUAUUUACUACAAAUUACUAUGAUCAAAAUACAGAAGCAUGCUGAUUGAACAUUUGUACAUGUAACUCUACUUACAUCUCACGUGUACGCUAGCUUCCCAUUACAUGUAACUGUACUUACAUCUCACGUGUACGCUAGCUUCCCAUUACAUGUAACUGUACUUACAUCUCACGAGUACACUAGCUUCCCAUUACAUGUAACUCUACUGAAAUCUCACGAGUACGCUAGCUUCCCAUUACAUGUAACUCUACUGAAAUCUCACGAGUACGCUAGCUUCCCAUUACAUGUAACUCUACUGAAAUCUCACGAGUACGCUAGCUUCCCAUUACAUGUAAUUCCGAUGACUAGACACAUGCAUGUAAAUGAAAGUACUGCAAACUAUAAACUUUAUGGGUAUGCUGGAUCAUCUUGAUAUUUGUUACCGAAAAUCAGGAAUAAUAUGUUUCCAUAUAUUAACAUUCUUAAACUACAAAAGAAAAUAUGUUCACAAUUGUCGUAGAUUGUAUCCAAAUACCCAAUACUUAGUAACUUAUACUAACUUAUGGAUAUUUUUUCAAAUCAUAUGUUUUCAGUGUUUUAGCCUCAGUUGCGAAAGUCAAUAUUAAAAAAACCUAACUUCACUUAAAGCU